AUGCCUUCUCUAACCACAGCAAUUCGUACUUUUACGAUGCCAAAAUCGUUGAAUGAAUCGUUGGCCCAACCAGGCCAACCUCACUUGGCCGUCGAUUCCGGACGGUCCCUUGACGUGGCCAAGAAAGUCAGCGAGGGAUACACGAAAGAGCAAAAGGACCCCCUUGCCAGUAACCAACCAGAUCACAAGCAGGGCAUCACAUUUGCAGCACAAGACAAGCUCCCAAAGCUACCCAUCCCGGAUCUGGAGAGCAGCACGUCAAAGUACCUGGCCGCUUUGAAGCCCCUACAAACGCCGAGGGAGCAUGCAGAGACUCAACAAGCGGUAGAUGAGUUUUUGAAAGCUGAGGGACCAGAGUUGCAGGAGAGAUUGAAGAAGUAUGCAACUGGAAAGACAAGUUAUAUUGAGCAAUUUUGGUACGACUCGUACUUGAAUUUUGACAACCCUGUCGUCCUGAAUCUCAAUCCAUUCUUCCUUCUCGAAGAUGACCCUACGCCUGCAAGGAACAACCAAGUCACUCGUGCUGCUUCACUAGUAGUGUCUGCUUUGUCAUUCGUGCGUGCUGUGAGGAAGGAGGAGUUGCCACCUGACACUAUCAGAGGGACACCACUUUGCAUGUAUCAAUACUCCCGAUUGUUUGGCACAGCUCGUGUACCAACGGAGAACGGAUGCCACAUCGGACAAGACCCAGAUGCAAGGCACAUUGUAGUUCUCUGUCAUGGUCAGUUCUAUUGGUUCGACGUCCUGGACGACAACUCAGACCUGAUCAUGACUGAGAAAGAUCUCUCCAUCAACCUUCAGACUAUCGUGGAUGAUGCGCAACAAACACCAAUCCAGGAAGCUGCCAAGGGAGCGCUUGGCGUCCUCAGCACGGAAAACCGUAAGAUUUGGUCUGGUUUGAGAGAUGUCAUGACGCGGGAAGAAGGAUCCAACAACUCGGACUGCCUUGGAAUAGUAGACUCCGCCUUGUUUAUUCUCUGUCUGGACUAUACAGAGCCAAACUCCGGUGCGGAUCUUUGCCAGAACAUGCUUUGCGGGACCAGUCAGGUCGAGAAGGGAGUUCAGAUUGGUACCUGCACGAACCGAUGGUAUGACAAGCUACAGAUCAUCGUGUGCAAGAACGGCAGUGCAGGGAUAAACUUCGAACAUACAGGUGUUGAUGGCCACACUGUACUCAGAUUUGCAAGCGAUGUGUACACGGAUACCAUCCUUCGAUUUGCUCGGUCGAUCAAUGGUCAAGCUCCCAGUCUUUGGGCGUCAACUAGUCCCGACCCAUCAAAGCGAGAUCCUGACAGCUUCGGAGAUGUCAGCACCACACCUCACAAGCUCGAAUGGGAUAUGGUUCCUGAACUCGGGAUUGCUUUGCGAUUCGCUGAAACCCGACUCGCAGAUCUUAUUCAACAGAACGAAUUCCAAACCCUGGACUUUGCUGCCUAUGGCAAGAACUUCAUGACUUCGAUGGGAUUCUCACCAGAUGCUUUCGUCCAGAUGGCAUUCCAAGCAGCUUACUAUGGUUUGUAUGGUCGUGUGGAAUGUACUUACGAACCAGCGAUGACGAAAGUCUAUCUCCACGGCCGCACCGAAGCCAUUCGAUCCGUGACCCCCGAGUCUGUGGACUUCGUUCAGACGUUCUGGGCUGAGAAUCCACCACAACAGAAAGUGGAUGCCUUGAGGAAAGCCUGCCAGAUGCACACGGCAAACACGAAGGAAUGUGCAAAAGCUCAAGGAUGUGAUCGACAUCUUUACGCACUUUUCAGCGUCUGGCAGAAGGCACUCGAUGAGGAUGGAGCCGAGGCUGCAAGCAGCAAUGAUUUGAGCAGCAACGGAUACUCCAGCCCCGUUGAAGGUACGUCUGAGCGAGACCCAGCCUCGGUAGUUGGAAGCCCAGGGAGAAAUUCGGUCAUGUCUGUCGAUGGUGAUGAUGUGAGAAGCGUCCGGUCAAACGGGCGCAGAAAUCGAGGCAACUCGUCGCCUUCUCGAGGACAACAUCACAACAUGCCUCUUCUCUUCGCUGACGGUGGAUGGGACAAACUGAACAAUACCAUCAUCUCAACAUCCAACUGCGGCAACCCUUCACUCCGACACUUCGGAUUCGGGCCCACCACCGGAGAAGGCUUCGGCAUUGGGUAUAUCAUCAAGGAGGACGGGCUCAGCAUUUGCGCAAGCAGUAAACACCGACAAACGAAGCGUUUCGUAGACGCACUUGAAAGCUACUUCCAUGAAAUCCGACGGAUUCUCAAAUUAACACAACGAAGAGGGACGAGUCCCAAAGCCAGCCGAGCGCGAGAAGCCAGCCAGGCCAGGCCAGCUGGCAACAGACUCAAGUCUCGUGGCCGCGUGAUCAAGGCCUCUGACGGCGGCAAGAGUCAUGAGCCUGGGAACUUGACACCAAUGGAUGACAGCUCAGCACAGAGCGAUGACGAGGGUUUGGGAGGCUAUGGCUUCUUUGAUGCGGGCAUGCUCCUUCAGGCUUUGAAAGCGAGAGGUGAGGUUCUCGAUGACGGGAACACGAAACCUUCUGAGAGAGCGACGGUCAAUGCCCGGAGGCGGGAGAUCGGCAAGAAAUUGAGGUUGAGUGAGUAUUAA